AAUUUAGCUCCGCUUUAUGUCAGCGCUUCGACCUGCUUUGCCAUACCAGGCCAUACCGAGUAGCUCAGACUUCUGCUCAGAUGGCAGGAUCUGGAACUUAUUCUCGAUUGCCCAACGACGCAGCAAACUCGGAAACUAGGCAGCUACUGAACGGAGAACCAGUUGUUCAUAGUUCGACUCACGGUGGCCAAAUUACUGUUCACCCUAAUGGACAUUCCUACAGUUAUACUUACGGGCCGAAAGGACUAGCUGGCCUAGCUCUUAAUCGCUACGCUUUACUCUGUGCCGUAUUUGCUAGCAUCGGAGGAUUAAGCUUUGGAUAUGAUCAGGGCGUCAUUGCAAAUGUGCUUGUGAUGAAGGAUUUCAUGACUCGUUGGCCGAUAUCACCCUUAGAAGAAGGUUUCAUGACUGCUGUACUAGAACUUGGCGCCCUUGUUGGUGCACUAUGUGCCGGAAUAUUCGCGGACAACUACUCUAGACGUUUUUCGAUGUUUAUCUCAUGCAUCAUCUUUUGUAUCGGAUCCACACUUCAAUGCGGAGCUCGGUCCCUUCUACAUCUCUUCCUUGGUCGUGCAAUAGGUGGAGUGGGAGUUGGUGCGCUCAGUACAUUGUCACCUCUAUACAUGGCAGAAAUCAGUCCACCUGAAGUUCGAGGAUCUCUAAUGGCUUUGGAGCAAUUUGCUAUCGUGCUAGGUGUUGUGCUAGGAUUCUGGCUGGGAUAUUUCACCCGGGACAUCCCAGGCUCUGCAUCAUGGCGUAUUCCUCUGGGCGUACAAAUUAUUCCAGCCCUUAUACUUAUCCUAGGCUGUACCUUCUUGCCGGCUUCACCACGUUUGCUCGUUCUACAAGGAAGAUAUGACGAAGCCAUCGCCAGCCUGGCACAAUUGCGACUUAGAAGUCUCGCCGAAGCACAGGAGGAUCCGCUCAUCCAAAUUGAAUUUCUUGAAAUGCGUGUAGAAGCUGCCAUGAUCCACCGUAGAUUCGGCACUGCUGAAAACUCCAAGUCAGCACUAUCAGCAGAAUGGAUUGCUUGGAAGAGGCUUUUCGGCAAGAACUAUCGCGAUCGGACCAUGGUAGGCAUUCUUAUAGCAUUUUUUCAACAAUGGAGCGGAAUCAAUGCUCUCCUAUACUAUGGCCCUAUACUGGUCAGGAAUAUUGGACUGUCAGGCGGAAAUGUAACGCUGUUAGUAUCAGGAGGAAUAGGCAUCGUGCAAUUCUUGGCUGUGUUACCUGUGAUUGCAUACAUUGACAAAUGGGGUCGUCGGCCCUUACUUCGUGGAGGAAGUAUUGCCAUGACCUGUUCCCAUUUCAGUAUUUCAAUCUUGAUCAUCCUUUUCGCAUCGGAUUGGACUGCACAUUCCACUGCCGCUUGGAUAGGCGUUGGGUUUGUCUACACUUUCACUGCAGCGUACGGGAUGUCGUUCGGCCCUGUCGCGUGGGUGCUACCCAGUGAAGUUUUCCCUUUGUCCAUGCGCAGCAAGGGCGUCGCAUUAUCAACUGCAUCUGUGUGGGUGAACAACUUCCUCAUCGGUUUGAUCACCCCUGUCACAUUAGAAUGGUCAGCAGCUGGAACGUUCAUGAUGUUUGCAGUAGCUUCAUUUCUUGCUUACAUAUGGGUAACGUAUAACGUGCCAGAAACAGCCAACGUCUCUUUGGAGGAAAUUGAUGAAAUGUUUAAGUCUUCCGCGGGGCGGGAAGAAAGUAUACUGAAGGCUCAGAUCGAGGAAGACUUGGGACUAAGAGCACUGAUGGUUCGACUAGCAAGGGACGAAGUUCGUGAUUAGAUGAACUCGAUUAGCCUGUAGACCAAGCCUACUAGGAGACGAGACCCCGAUACCCUCAUAGAGAGAAGGUUUCCGGAAAUACAAGAGUAGAAUAGAAUUUGUAUCUUAAUAUCGAAUAUAAUUUGUACACAUGG